AUGGCUAGACCACAAGUAAAUUUUUGUAUACCAAUAGGUGAACAAUUAACAGAACUAGAAAAAGCUUGUGGAGUAAAAGAUUAUUCAGCUGAACAAGUAAAAUAUAAUUCAUUAAUUCAAAGAAGAAGCCGAAGAGCCAAUCUUAAAACACUUGCUACUACUGCAGAUGGAAAUAAUACUUUACUUAGAUGGCCUCAACUUUAUUACGCUUUUACUUUAUUAUUUCAAGAUAUAAAUUUUAAUGUGAAUACAGGAAAUAAACUCAUGUUAGAUUUCUAUCAAAUCUUACGUGUAAAUAUCUUUGGUCAUGGAAAUAAUACAUUAGAUUCUCUUCAAGCUGAUGGUACUGAACAAGGACUUUUAAAAUAUCAAUUUCCAUUAGCUCAAGCACAGGAGGUAAUUGAAAAACAAUGGUGCAUUACUCGUAUAUCUAAUGUAGAUGGAAACGCAUUUGUUCAAUUUAAUACUGAAUUUUUUUGGUUCAUAACUGUAUUAGAUAUUAAUAAAUCAUUAAGGUAUUUAAAAUAUAUAACUGAUCAAGAUAAAGAAUCUAGAUAUAAUCUUGGUACCACUUUUGCACCAGGACAAAAAGAAGAAUUUUUAAGAGAACCCU